AUGGCCUCCGACAAACAAAAAGCACUCACAGCCUUGACGCUGCUCCGCGCAACGUGCUCCGAUGCGCUGACUCUCUUAUCUGACGGCGACGGGCCUGUAGAGAAGCCCGACGAGCGGCCCACUCUGGGUAUCAUUCAGAAGGACCUCUCGUCCCUUCUUAGUUUGAUAUAUACGGCGGCAACGAAGCUCGCUUUGUCGUUAAAACCCUCUUCGCCGACGUACUCAGCUUCUCUCACUCCCAUCAAAGAGAUAUCGGAGCGCGUAGCCGCCGUUGCCCACUGUGUUCUCUUUAUCGAUCCAAAUCAUCAUGGGGCUACCUUAUUCAAAGAAGCCGUUGAGACAGUAAAGGACGUGAUCGAAGCUACAUCCUCUCUCGCAGAUGCAUUUUUGGCGGCUGCAUCGACCCCGAAUCCCGGGGACGAAUAUCUAUCGCGGACGGGUACCGUUCAUGAACUUGCAGAGAAAGCGAAGAAUCUAUCACUUAGCAAUGCCCUCGCUGUCCAAAAACGCUGGAAGCAAGACAGAGCUUCUCUCGACGAUGCUGUUGGUGAACUACACGACAUGAUAGAACGGGCAGAGGCAGACGACGGAGCCGACCAACUGGACGCAGACUUUGACGACGGCUGGGCUGAAUUUGGGAUUGGCUCAGAUAAGAAGCUGGAAGUCGACGAACUAGCACGAGCCAAGAAGGCCUACACUUUCCUCCGCUACACGUCCCUACUCCAUAAACGUGUGCUUCAGGAUAUCCUCACUUCUCAAGCAUCGAACACGGACAGUCCCUCGCCCGGCGUCUAUGACAGCAUGUGCAACGCGUCAGCGACUCUGCUCGUCUCUGCCGAUGACUUUGUUGCCGCUCUUUAUGGCCCACAAGAACCUACUCGCAUCAAGGAAGAACUGGAUACGCUCCAGGGCAUUGACAACAUACUAUGUGGCAUCAUCAAAGAGAAUUUCCUCCCUGUAGAGCAACAACUCUCGGCCCAGCUUGAACAGUUAUCGCUUUCACAACCGACUACGUCUUCACUGCAGAGAUUAGCUCCAUCUUCAGCGAAGUGGUUCCAGACGAUCUUCGAGGAAACCCGACUCCAUCACGCGAACGCAAACCAGUCCGCCAUCUCCUCUACAUCUACCUGGGAUAGUCGGUCUACCGAGUCUUACGACUCUUUUGGAAUAUAG